GUGUGCAUGUGAAUUAGAAAUAAUACAUUUUUCGUACGCAUAUCUCAGACGUUUGGUCAUUUAGAACUAAGGUUUAAACAAAACAGUGCAAUAGUCCUGCUGCCGCGAGUGAAACACCUGCAUAUGUAGAAAACUAAGAAACGCCCGCAAAUCGCUUCCGUGGCACAUUUCAUUCAUCGAUUGGAUCGAAAUUCGAUUCGGAGUGUUACUUUUCGCAGUAUUGUUUGCAAGUGCUCGCAAAGAGGACGUGUUUUUUUUAGUGGGUCAUAGCCAUAUAGUACCGAUCCAAUUCCAAUCCGGAAAUGAGCGAAGUGCCGGAGAGCAGUAAAAAGCGUCAGAAGACGUGCCUACAGGUGGCGACGAAUGUGACCGAGCAGAAGCACCAUGUCACCCGGGAGACGCGCGGCAAGAAUCUGGGCCUGUGCCGGGGUUUCCGAGGAUGCACCGUGUGGCUGACUGGGCUGAGUGGUGCUGGAAAGACCUCGAUCGCCUUCGAGCUGGAGGCCUACCUGGUGUCGCGUGGCAUUCCGGCUUACGGACUGGACGGCGACAACAUCCGCACCGGACUGAACAAGAAUCUGGGCUUUACGCCCGCCGAGCGCGAGGAGAACAUCCGUCGCGUGGGCGAGGUGGCCAAGCUGUUCGCCGACAGCGGAGUAGUGGCCAUCUGCAGCUUCGUCUCCCCUUUCGCCGAUGAUCGCGAGAUGGCGCGUAAGAUCCACAAGGAUGCGGGCCUGAAGUUCUACGAGAUAUUCGUGGACACGCCGCUGGACGUGUGCGAAACACGCGACGUGAAGGGAUUGUACAAGAAGGCACGCGAGGGCGUCAUCAAGGGUUUUACGGGCAUCACACAGGAGUACGAGCGACCGCAGAUGCCGGAACUGGUGGUCAACACCCACGGCUACACCGUGCAGGAGUCCACACAGAAGCUGGUGGCUCUGCUCGAACAGGAGGGCAUCAUUCCGCGCUCGCUGCGCGACGUGGACCAGCUGCCGGAGUUGUAUCCCAGCGAAUCCAUUGCCACGGAGGCACUGCGCCACGAGGCCAAGUCGCUGCAGGCCAUCGAGAUCAGCACCGUGGAGCUGCAGUGGGUGCAGGUGCUGGCCGAAGGAUGGGCCUAUCCACUGCGCGGAUUUAUGCGCGAGGACGAGUACCUGCAGACGCUGCACUUCAACACACUCCAGAGCGGUUUGGAUGGUUCCUAUCGCGAGAAUCACUCGGUGCCCAUUGUUCUGAGUGCCACGCAGGCGGACAAGGAACGUCUGGAUGGCUGCUCCUCGCUUACGCUCCAAUACAACGGCAAAGCGGUGGCGAUUCUGCGACGUCCCGAGUUCUACUACCAGCGCAAGGAGGAGCGGCUGGCCCGCCAGUUCGGCACCAGCAAUCCCAAUCAUCCGUACAGCAAGCAGGUGCUUGAGGCCGGAGAUUAUCUGGUCGGCGGCGAUCUGGCCGUGAUCGAACGGAUUCGCUGGGAGGAUGGACUGGACCAGUAUAGGUUGACGCCCAACGAGCUGAGGCGCCGGUUCAAGGAGCUCAACGCCGACGCCAUUUUCGCCUUCCAGCUGCGCAACCCCAUCCACAACGGACAUGCCCUCCUCAUGCAGGACACUCGCCGGCAGCUGCUGGAUCGCGGCUUCAAGCAGCCGGUGCUGCUGUUGCAUCCGCUGGGUGGCUGGACCAAGGACGACGAUGUGCCGCUGGAUGUGCGCAUGAAGCAGCACCAGGCCGUCCUCGAUGCCGGCGUCCUGCGGCGCGAGGACACUGUGCUGGCCAUCUUCCCCUCGCCAAUGAUGUACGCCGGUCCCACGGAGGUGCAGUGGCACGCAAAGGCGCGCAUGAACGCCGGCGCCAACUUCUAUAUCGUGGGACGCGAUCCGGCGGGCAUGCCCCAUCCGGACAAGGAGGCCUACCCGGAUGGCAACCUCUACGACGCCACCCAUGGAGCGCGAGUCCUGAAAAUGGCUCAAGGACUGGACAGCAUGGAGAUCCUGCCGUUCCGGGUAGCUGCCUACGAUAAAAGCUCCAGCAGUAUGGCCUUCUUCGAACCUAAACGUAAGGACGAGUUCGAGUUUAUCUCGGGGACCAAGAUGCGAACCCUGGCCAAGACGGGAGCCAGUCCGCCGGAUGGCUUCAUGGAGCCCGAGGCGUGGAGAAUCCUGGCUACCUACUACCAGAACCUGCCGCAGGCGUAACCCACUGCCAGGACCCGACCAGCAACGUGCAAUUCCUCCUAGUUAUAGCUUGUGUGCUUAGUAUACAUAUUCCCACUUUAUGGCCGCUUAUCACUUACCACAUUUUUCCAUCUGUCCAUCGUUAUUAACCCAAAUCCGGACCUGUCCUUGUGUGUGAAUGUGGUGGUCCUGCUAUUUAAAUGUUCGUAUCGUACAAUCUACUUGUAUCUACACAUAAGUCGCCCAAUUCUCUGUUUAUCAUAGGCUCAAUUUCGUGCAGCUAUUUUGUAAACUGUUUUUUAAAUACAUAUAUAAAUAAUUA